AUGAUGAAGUUUUCGUUUCAGCACAGGGCAUUUUACUGCUAUCUUGGCAUGAGUAUUUGGAUAUGUUUUCUUAUAACUGUAGUUUACAAAUACAUGUCUGUAGUUGAAGACACGGUCGCGUUGAAAGUUACUCAUAACCAGCAUGUGUCCAAGACUGAUUCAAAAUAUAGGAAGCUCUUCAUGCGAGCCUGUAAUCCUCCUGAUAGUAUAGUUAGGGGAUCAGAAGCUGCAGUAGAUUCAGACAACUGGUUGUUACAAGGCAUCUUAGUUAUGACGAGGCACGGUGACCGUGGACCACUAACUCAUCUGAAAGGCGGGGAUAAAUUACCUUGUGAUGUUGUUCCCGUUUCACCCUUGCUUAAAAGUUAUGAGGAGUUCGUGUUGAACGCCUCUUCGUCGGGUCGUGCGUGGUGGGUGUCAAAUGCAGGGCCGUUUCAUAAUUUCCCAUCAUUACCACGAGCCGCAGCCACUCACUGCGCCCUCGGUCAACUCACACCCACUGGAUUACUACAGAUGAUCACCGUUGGCAAUAUUAUUCGUGAGGCAUAUAGUGAGAAAUUGGGGCCAGAAUAUUUAGAUUUAACAGGAAAACAUGAGAGAAGUGGAAUAGCAUAUAGCACUCGGUACCGGCGUACCUUCCAGUCGUUGCAAGCGGCCUCGUGGGGCGCAGGCCGGGGCGCCGCGGCCGCCCGAGAGGCUCACAGUGUGUCCUUCUGUUACAGACACUGCGCUUGUCACGCACACCACCUAUUAGACAAAAAAAUAAGCACAGAAGCAAAGAAACGUUUGGAAUCCCACCCAGCAAUAAAGGAAUUGAUCAAGAAAUUAUCGAAAGUGUUAUUUGAGUCCCAGGAAUAUAUUGAUGCAGACGUAGUCAGGGACGCGUUACUAGCUUACAUGUGUCACGAGGCGCCGCUACCUUGCUCUGAAAGACCGAAGAAAAAUAAUAGAAAACUAUCGCUGAAUAAAUCCAAAAGAAAAUAUAGAUUUGAGACAAUCCCGCAAAGAAAUCUCUUAGACGUAGAUAUAGAUACGUUGAAUUUGGAGCUAGACUAUAUCAAUAAUCAAUUGGACUUCAAUAACGAAAUAGGCAGAAAGGCCAGAGAUAUUAUAGGGAAGUAUGACAAAAAAACUCCAUUAGAUUUCGACGCGCAAAUGGAGAGAGAGAAACUUUUAUACUACCAGCAAAGAUAUUUAGACAACGCUGAAUCAUAUGACGACGUGGUUGUAGUCAAGAAAAAUCUUGACGCUGAUUUUAACUUCCCAAAUGAAGUUCGUGAUGAUUUCGAUGAAGAUUAUAAAGAACCUACACCAGAAACUGAGGAUUUUUGUAUAAAGAAAGAGCAUAUUAUAUCCGUUUUCGCCUAUCUAGAAUGGAGUUACCGUCAGGAUGUCAAAAACUUACACAACAGAAGACGCGGGCUGUUAAUAGCUUAUGGCCUGAUACAUAAUGUUGUACAAAACAUGAUAAGAAUCAUAUCUGAGAAUAAACCGAAAUUCGUUUUAUAUUCCGGUCACGAUAAGACAUUGCAGGCGUUGAUUUUGGCGUUGGGACUAAAAAGCUACCAACAUUAUAACAUACAGUACGCAUCCAGAAUAAUCUUCGAGGUUUACAGGAAGAAAGAUUUACGGGACGAAUUCAAAUUCAUUAAAAGGAAAGCUGUUGCCCAAGAUUUCUAUUUCCGGGUGGUUUAUAACGGGGAGGAUGUGACGGAUAAACUUAGUUUCUGUUUUGACUCACAGCUAGUAACUAUGAAGGUAGUCGAUCCUAUAGACGACGUUAAAACCUACAACACAUAUCUAUGUCCGAUAGAAAACAUAGUGAGGUUCAUUCACGAUGAUUAUUUCUCUAGUUUCAAUGUUAGUAACUUCAAAGACGCCUGCGCAACUUAUGGAAGCUCUAAGACUGUUUAUUAA